AUGGUCCACAAAAAACCCGUUAGGUUGGCCGGGUGCGCAGCCUGGAAGACGAGGCACAUUUGGAUGGCGGCACUUGACCAACCAGACGCGGACCCCCGGGCGAGACAGCACCGUUUGCCUGCCCCGCCAACCCCCAAGGCUCUCUUUAGGGCCUCGAGCACACUCGAGAUUCCCAAGCAGCAUUACAGAGUAGGCUUCAAAACUGGCCGGUGUGGGGUAUCGCUCAUUUACCACGAAUAUAUAUAA